CCAAUUUUAAUUAAAAUUAAUCAAGGUUUAUUAUAUAAAUUAAAAAGAAAAACCAUUAUUCAGAAAUUCAUAAAGAAAGGUACCUACCUAUUCCUUGACAUUUGAAGAGCCUGUAUCUGUAUUCAUCCACCACGAGACAGAGAGAGGAAGAGAGAUAUGGGUUGGUUAACUCGAUUUCUAGCUGCGGUGGCUUUCUUAGCCAUCGGAGUGAUAUUUUCUCCAGAAACAUUUGGAUCAAAAUCCGUUAGUCAGUUAUCGACUUACUUGAAACUGGCUCACCUGCUCAGCUUUUCCACGGCGUUUGGUGCGGCUCUUUGGGUUACCUUCAUCGGUGGCAUCAUAAUGUUCAAGAACCUACCUAGACAUCAGUUUGGUAAUUUGCAAAGCAAGAUGUUUCCUGCAUAUUUUUGGUUGGUGGGUGUGUGUUGUGCAACAUCAGUGGGAUCAUUUGGUUACCUGCACCCAUGGAAAUCUGCAUCCACUGCAGAGAAGUACCAGCUGGGCUUUUUGCUUUCCUCCUUGGCUUUCAACCUUGCCAACUUGUUUGUCUUUACACCCAUGACUAUUGAGAUGAUGAGACAAAGGCACAAGGUGGAGCGAGAGGAGAACAUCGGGACUGAAGUUGGGUGGUCAAAGAACCAGGAAGCUGCAAAGACUAAUCCAAAGCUUGCUGCCAUGAACAAGAAAUUUGGCAUGAUCCAUGGUUUUUCAUCUCUUGCUAAUAUUAUGUCUUUUGGUGGUCUUGCCAUGCACUCGUGGUACUUAGCAGGUAAGCUAAAUCUGUAAUUUGAACUUGAGGUGAAGCUUGUUUCCUGCUAUGGAUUAAAUGAAUUAGACAUAGACAUUAAGUACUUUCUCGUUGAUAUUUUCUGAUUUUUUCUGGCCAAGCUAUGUAUCCUAAACAAUGUUUCACAUACUUUGCAAUAAAAGUUAAACAGAUUUACAUGUA